UAGCUCCACCACAGAGAAGUAGACUUUACGGUAGGAAGUGGCCGCGUUCCCCGGCUGUUCGUCUCCUCGCGUCCUCGUUGUAUGAGGAAUGAUGACUUCUUCCCUGUCGGAUCCAACUCUGGAAAGACAUUUCAAGGGUCACAGGGACAAUGUUACAAGUGUGGACUUCAGCUGCAACAUGAAACAGAUUGCCACAGGCUCUAUGGACUCCUGUGUGAUGAUCUGGAACAUGAAAACUCAGAUGCGAGCGUAUCGUUUUGAUGGACACAAAGAGGCUGUCCUUUCUGUUCAGUUCUCUCCUUCUGGCCACCUGGUGGCCUCUGCCUCCAGAGACAAGACUGUUCGUCUUUGGGUGCCCAGCAUGAAGGCUGAGUCAACAUCUUUCAAGGCUCACAUUGCCACCGUGCGCAGCGUUAACUUUUCUGGUGAUGGACUGAAUCUGGUCACAGCCUCCGACGACAAGACCAUCAAAGUGUGGACCGUCCACAGGCAAAAGUUUCUCUUCUCUCUGAACCAGCACAUCAACUGGGUCCGCUGUGCCAAAUUUUCUCCAGACGAUCGUUUGAUUGUGUCGUGCAGUGAUGAUAAGACCAUAAAGCUGUGGGACAAGAAUAGCCGAGAGUGUAUUCAUUCUUUCUAUGAACAUGCUGGUUAUGCAAACCAUGUGGAAUUCCACCCCAGUGGAACAUGCAUUGCUGCAGCCAGCACUGACAACUCUGUGAAGGUGUGGGACAUCAGAUCACAUAAGAUGCUGCAGCACUACCAAGUCCACAGUGGUGUGGUGAACAGCUUGUCUUUCCACCCGGCUGGUAAUUUCCUCAUAACUGCGUCAAGCGAUUCCACAAUGAAGAUACUGGACCUGGUAGAGGGCAAGCUACUGUACACUCUGCACGGACACCAGGGUCCAGUGACCAGUGUUGCCUUCUCCAGGACUGGAGAGUACUUUGCCUCUGGAGGUUCCGAUGAACAGGUGAUGGUGUGGAAGAGUAACUUUGACUGUGCCGACGGCAGCGAUGGUGUCAGGCUGCAACAUAAAACUACUUCCGGCUUGCAGACACUCCCAGCCAGCUCCACGGCUCAGCCCUCCGUUAACUCGCGCCCGCCUGCUCUCCGCAGCAAGGCUUCUGAACCAUCAGAACAUUUGAAUGGACAGGACUCCCACGCUGCCGCCCACACUCAGAGCGUCAGCCACAGCAGCGCGCCUCAUUCCAACACCUACAGACACCUCAGCAGCAGCUCUUGCUCCACCCGCCAGCCACAGGCCCACGGUUUACCACAGCAUUCCCCCCAGGCCCAAGCACAGUCCCAGGCCUCAGAUGGAGGGGUCCCCCCUGCUUUAGCCCGCACCCUUGAUCACAUCAUAGGUCAACUGGAUAUUCUCACUCAGACGGUUUCGAUUCUGGAGCAGCGUCUGACGCUGACAGAGGACAAGCUCAAGGAGUGCUUGGAGAACCAGAUGGAGAUCGGUCUGCAUCUCCAGAGACGAGAGGAGGCCUAAAGAUGGCGGCCCCAGAGAGAGGUGGCGCCGUGUGAGGGGAACCGGGUCGCACCGACGGCAGCAGCAGAAACGCGGAUGCGGUACUCGGCGCUGUUGGAUCGCACGUAAAAUGUGCAAACUUGCACACGGUUUGGAAACAUUUUCUGGACUUCAAAUGCACUCUGAGCCUGACUGCUGAUGUACCGCAUCGGGAUAUUUCACAAGGAGAUACAAGAAGGGAAGGAGUUGAAUAUUAGAGAAGUCGUUCUUCUACAAGAGUGCUGAGAGCGCAGGCCCCUCUUCUGCUGACGAAGGACCUGCUGGUACAAGUCACUGUGUGUGUGUGUGUGUGUGUGUGUGUGUGUGUGUGUGUAGACACAAGCAAAAGACUUUCAUACUUGCCUUUGCUCUCCACGUGUGGGCGUUUUAAAAUCUAUUUGUACCUGUGCAGGCUCUCGCAGAAAGGCAUCAGAAGGAAAUGUUCUUUUUUUGUCCAAAAAGCAAAUACACUGUGAGCAGUAAUCAGAACCGACGUGUGCUGAAGUUACUCACAGUUAUUAUUGUCGAUGCACUCAGGCCAGCACGGGGAUUUAAUCAUUUUCAAAUUGCAGAAAGAGGAGAAAGAGGAACCUGAGUUUGACCUCAUUUUAGCUUCCGGCUGAGAGCCACAGACGGGAUAGGAAAGUUCAUCUCUCAAGUAUUGAGAAAUGAACUCACACAUUGUUGUCUCCUGACUGGAUGACAAUGAAACAAAAUGUAGAAUAAAGGUAGUUUAUACUUUCAGUUGAAAUGAUGGCACGAGUGCAGAAUGGCCGAUUGUAAUGACUGCAGUUUGAAAGAUGAGCGUCUCGUUGCGUCCUCUUUCGUCUGAAUAUUUUAUACAAUGGAAGUAACUUAUUGUGUACCUUCUUAAUAAAUGUUUUUCACUGUGA